AUGUGGUUUGAAGAGAGAGCAAGGAAAGAUCGAGUUACAGAUCCAAAGUUUUCACAAUGUUGCAUGCAAGGAAAGGUCCAACUUCCUAAGCUUCAAGAACCACCUCAAACACUUCAGAAUCUCUAUAAGACUAAAGGUGCUAAAAGCAGAAGUUUCCUUGAUAAUAUACGAGCAUUUAACAUGAUGUUUGCUUUUACUUCAAUGGGUGGAAAGAUUGAUUCAUCUGUGAAUAGAGGACGUGGACCAUCUACCUUUAGAUUGCAUGGCCAAAAUUACCACAGGAUAGGGAGUUUACUACCACCGACAGGAUCAUCUCCAAAGUUUUCACAUUCAAGUAAUACAAAAAACUCAUUAGAUGGUGCUAUUGUUGAGGAUCUUCGACAUAUGCUUGAUGAACAUAAUCCCCUAGCAAAGGCGUUUAGAGGGGCAAGGGACCGAUUUGAAUCCAAUAAUCAUCAUGGCAGUGUUAAACUGAAACUCAUUGGACGAAGAGAAUCUGAUGGAAGGACAUAUAAUUUGCCUACUGCUUCUGAAGUAGCUGCUCUAAUUGUUGGUUAUAUUGGAAGUUCUACGGAAGAAAGGGAUAUCAUAUUAGAGACGCAAAGCGGUCAAUUACAACGUAUAACUGAGUUGCAUCCCUCUUAUCUAGCCCUACAAUAUCCCUUAUUAUUCCCAUAUGGAGAGGAUCGAUACAGACUUGGUAUUCAACUAAGGGACACAUCCAAACGUCAAAAAAGAAAGAAACUGACUAUGAGAGAGUUUUUGGCUUAUAGAAUUCAUGAGAGACGUGAUGAGGCCAAGACUCUUUUGUGGGCUCGGAAAUUACUCCAACAAUUUUUGGUUGAUGGUCUUACAAUGAUAGAAUCUGAAAGGUUGUGCUAUGUCCGAACCCAUCAAAAGAAUUUGAGAGCAGAUAAUUACAAGAAUGUGACAAAGGCUAGAAUGGGAGAAAACACGAACUCUUUUUCUACCGGAAAACGCAUUGUGUUACCUUCAUCUUUUACCGGUGGUGCUAGAUAUAUGGUUCAAAACUAUCAGGAUGCUAUGGCUAUUUGCAAAUGGUAUGGAUAUCCUGAUUUGUUUAUCACUUUCACUUGCCAUCCAAAAUGGCCAGAAAUCAUGAGAUAUGUGCAACAAAGAGGACUUAAACCAGAAGAUCGACCGGAUAUUCUAUGUAGAAUUUUCAAAAUCAAACUUGAUCAGUUGACAAGAGAUUUGAAGGAUGGGAAAAUAUUUGGAGGAGUACAGUCAGUGAUCUAUACAGUUGAAUUUCAAAAGCGUGGCCUACCUCAUGCUCAUAUUUUGUUGUUCUUGAACCAAGAACAAGCCCCGUGUAUGAAAGAUGGGAAGUGUUCAAAACAUUACCCUAAAAAGUUCAAUGAAAGAACAACGAUUGGUGAUGAUGGAUAUGCUAAUUAUAGGAGGAGGAAUAACGGUAGGACAGUAGAAAAGAAUGGAGUUACUUUAGAUAAUAGAUAUGUUGUUCCAUACAAUCCUUAUCUACUCAUGAAAUAUGGAGCUCAUAUCAAUGUUGAAUGGUACAUUUCUCCAUGUGAAGCAGUUUGGAGAAUCCUUGGAUAUGAUAUUCAUUAUCGAACUCCAUCAGUUCAAAGGUUGAGCUUUCAUCUACCUAAUGAACAAAGUAUUGUAUUUGAAGAUGAUGAGCCACUCGAUAACAUUAUUAACAAACCCGGAAUUGACCAGACAAUGUUUUUGGGCUGGAUGGAAUUGAAUAAAACAGAUCCAAUAGCAAGACAAUUAACUUAUGCUGAAAUUCCAACAAAGUUCGUGUGGAACAAGGAUGGAAGUAGAGAAUGGAGCACGAGGAAACAAAGAUUAUCUAUUGGGAGAGUAUAUUAUGUACCUCCGGGCAGUGGAGAAUUGUACUAUUUGAGUGCUUUGUUGAAUACAAUUCAAGGUGCAACAUGUUACAAAGACAUCAGGAUUGUUAAUGGUGUAUUGUACUCCUCAUUCAAAGAAGCUUGCUAUGCACGUGGAUUACUAGAUGAUGACAAAGAAUAUAUUGAUGUAUGUCUAGACCCGAAUUUGUAUAGGAGCAAAUAUGGAAAUUCCUUGGAGACGAUAUUCUUCAUAGGCAAAAACGUAUCCUCCAAAUACCUGAAAGAGGUUUAUGAGGAAAUAAUGGGUGCUCUGGCAGAAGAUAAAGGGGGUGUUUUCUUCCUUUACGGAUAUGGAGGCACAGGAAAAACAUUCAUGUGGAAAACUCUAUCGGCGGCUAUUAGAUGCCAAGGUGAAAUUGUACUUAAUGUGGCAUCAAGUGGAAUUGCGUCUCUUCUUCUUCCCGAAGGCAGAACUGCUCAUUCUAGAUUUGCAAUUCCUAUCAAUGUGAAUGAAGAUACAACUUGCGAUAUUAAACAAAUAGCACCAUUGGCUGAACUUUUAAUUAGGACAAAGCUCAUUAUUUGGGAUGAAGCACCAAUGGUUAACAAGUUUUGUUUUGAAGCUCUAGAUAGAAGUUUGAGAGAUAUUCACAGAUUUUCAAAUCCAAAUAGUAUGGAACAACCAUUUGGUGGAAAGGUUGUUGUUUUUGGAGGAGACUUUCGACAAAUUUUACCGGUUGUCCCAAAGGGAAGUCGUCAAGAUAUUGUUUUUGCAGCCAUAAACUCUUCCUAUUUAUGGAAUUUUUGUCGAGUGUUAUCUCUGACACGAAACAUGAGACUGCAAGUGGGAAGUUCAGAAGAUUCAAAUGAGAUUAGAGAAUUUUCAGAGUGGAUAUUGAGAAUCGGAGAUGGUAAGGAAGGAGAACCUAAUGAUGGGGAGACUACCAUAGAGAUUCCAGAUGAUGUGUUGAUUAGAGAUGUAGCAACUAAUCCUGUUGCAGCAAUUGUUGAUAGUAUCUACCCAUCUGUCUUGGAGAACUUGGAUGACCCAAAGUUUUUCCAAGAUAGAGCUAUUCUUGCUCCAACAAACGAGUGUGUAGAGGAGGUAAAUGAACAUUUGCUGUCCAUGAUAUCAGGAGAACAUGAUAUCAGGAGAACAGAAAAUAUACCUAAGUUCAUAUAG